AUGGGGAGGGUGAAGCUUCAGAUCAAGAGAAUAGAGAACACAACGAGCAGACAGGUGACCUUCUCGAAAAGAAGAAACGGGCUGAUCAAGAAAGCUUACGAGCUUUCCGUUCUAUGCGAUGUCGAUGUAGCCCUCGUCAUGUUCUCUCCUUCUGGGAGACUCAGUUUGUUCUCUGGAGACAAAAGCAUCGAAGAGGUUUUGGGACGGUAUGUGGAUCUUCCUGAUCAUGAGCGUGGAAGGCUCCAUAAUCAAGAGUUUCUACGAAGAGUUGUUUGUAAAAUGAAGGAAGAAGCCAAGGCAACCCAUAAAGCUGCCAGCCUUGUGAGCAGUGAUUCUCAACUCAAGGAUGCACAACAGGAGCUCCGGAAAUGCAUGCACCAGCUGGAGGAGCUGGAGAAACAACUCAGAAUAUACGAAGGUGAUCCUUCAGAAAUCACCACUGCGAGUGAGACCGAGUACCAGGAGCAGAUCCUCGAGGAAGCCUUGCGACGAGUCCAGAUUCGGAAGCAAAUUUUGGAGGAAAAGUACCUACCCACAAGUUCCCAGGUACAUCUACAUCUAGCAGCUGGUGUGGAAGAUGGUUUUGUCGCAAGAAAUUCAAUCAUGUCAGAUUUGCUUCCACAAGAAGACCCUCAGUUGCAGAUCUUGGAUGCCUUGGGCUCAAAUGUGCUAUUUCCCUUGAGAGAUCAAUGGCAGCCAGGACAGGGAGUGUUACCACCAGUUUCAGCACUUCAUCAGCAAAUUGAAAAUCUUGAUCAUGACAUGAGCCCCACGAAUGCCAUAGAGCAUCACAGCCGCAUUGAUCAUGCUGAGUUCGGGCAACUUGUCGAUGCGGCUUACUCUUCCUGGACCGAUGGAUUUUAUCCAACAGGAAGUGCACCCGAUUCAGGUAUCCAGAACCAUGAGCAAGUUCAAAUCGUGGCUGAUCAAUUGUCGUCGUCAAGACCGGCCGUCAUAGCACGAGAUCAGAACUUCAUGUAA